CGGUUUCAUGUGCGAAUAGUUCCGACCCACAGUGCAUUCUCUGCGGCUGCUUAUGCACAUCAGGCGGCGGCGAGGGCUGCGGCAAGAGCUGGCCUGACAGAUGCAAGAGGAGAAAGGGGGAGAAAUGCAAUGGAUCUGAUUCAUGCAACGAGUGAAUGAAAGAACCGUCUGCUCAUAUCACUGCGGCGCUGUCUUAUUAUAAUUUAAGCCCCAGCAGACGAAAGAGAAAUCUGAUCUCCUUUGUAGAUCAGCAACUUUAUGGACAAACAUUCAAGUGAACUCCUUCAUACAGUGCCUGUUUAAGGCAGGAUGAGUGUCAGCAGGCUAUGAUGGCCAAAAAGCAAGAUGCGCGGUCGCCCAUUUACAACCUCAUUGUGGUGGGUUUGUCCGGAACAGAGAAAGAGAAGGGACAAUGUGGGGUUGGCAAGUCCUGCUUGUGUAAUAGGUUUGUGCGUCCUAGCGCUGAUGACUUCUACUUGGAUCACACGUCCGUGUUGAGCACCAGCGACUUUGGGGGUCGAGUGGUCAAUAAUGAUCACUUCCUAUUUUGGGGGGAGGUGUCACGGGUUCUCGAGGAGGGGCCCGAGUGCAGGAUGCAUGUUGUGGAGCAGACCGAAUUCAUUGAUGACCAGACGUUUCAGCCACACCGUAGCACUGCUAUGCAGCCCUAUAUCAAACGGGCAGCAGCAACCAAGCUGGCCUCAGCAGAGAAGCUCAUGUACUUCUGUACGGAUCAGCUAGGUCUGGAGCAAGACUUUGAGCAAAAGCAAAUGCCAGAGGGUAAGCUGCAGGUCGAUGGCUUCCUCCUUUGUGUCGAUGUAAGCCGUGGCAUGAAUCGAAACUUUGACGACCAGCUGAAAUUUGUCUCAAACCUGUAUGGUCAGCUGAGCAAGACUAAGAAGCCCAUUGUGCUGGUCCUCAGCAAAUGCGACGAAGGAGUAGAGCGCUACAUUAAAGAUGCACAUACCUUUGCUAUCACAAAAAAGAGUCUACCGGUAGUUGAGACAUCGGCACGCUCAAACAUAAAUGUGGACCUCGCCUUUCUCACUUUGGUUCAGCUUAUCGACAAGAGCAGGGGCAAGCCUAAGAUCAUCCCAUACUUUGAGGCCCUAAAACUCCAGAGUCAGCAGAUAGCUUCUGCUAAGGAUCGCUAUGAAUGGCUAAUCAACCGUAUAGUAAAGAAUCAUAAUGAAACCUGGCUAAACACCAGUCGACGCAUGAACAACUCCCCAGAGUACAAAGAAUAUGUCUUCUUGGAGGGAACGGCUAAAUGCAAGAAACUUUUUCAGCAGCAUGUCUACCGUCUGAAGCAGGAACAUAUUGAGAGGCGUCGGAAAAUAUACGUAAGCACUCUUCCUUUAGCACUUAGCUCUUUAGUGCCUGACCUGGAUGAGAUUGAUCAGCUGAGCUGGUCUGGGGUACAGAAAGUCCUUGAGUCCAAGCAACACUUCACCCACUGGUUUGUUGUUCUGGAGGACUCGCCAUGGGAGGAUACGUCUCACAUCGACAACAUGGAAGAUGAGCGAAUCCCUUCUGACCUGUUGGAGACUGCUGAAGCAGAAGAAAUUUUUAAUGCCCACCUGGAGCAUCUGCGCAAUGAGUGCAAACGGGCGGAGAUGAGGCAGGAGUUUAAGCAGAGACUGGCUUCCUCCCCCUUCGUAACACCUGGUAAACCUUGGGAGGAGGCCCGGAGCUUCAUCAUGAAUGAAGAGUUCUACCAGUGGCUUGAGGAGCCAGAAUACCUGGAUCUCUAUAAUCGGCACCAGAAGGAGAUCAUUGACCGUGCUAAAGAAGACUUCCAGGAGCUUCUGCUGGAAUACUCUGAGCUUUUUUAUGAGCUUGAAGUGGAUGCUAAACCCAGCAAGGAGAAGAUGGGGGCAAUCCAAGAGGUUCUUGGGGAGGAGCAGAGGUUCAAGGCACUACAGAAACUUCCUGCUGAAAGAGAUGCUUUGGUAUUAAAACAUAUCCACUUCGUCUAUCAUCCCACCAAGGAGACCUGCCCUAGCAGUCCACACUGCGUAGACUCUAAGAUUGAGCAGCUGUUAGCAUCACGUUUUCCCUCCCAUUACCCCUUUUUUGACGUGAAAGCUCAUUUUGGGGACACCAAGGCUGACAGAAUAAACCUCGUUAUACUUGGGAAGGAUGGACUAGCCAGAGAAUUUGCCAAUGAGAUUAGAGCUCUCUGCACAAAUGAUGACUGGUAUGUGUUAGACGGGAAGAUGUACGAACUGACGCUGCGACCUAUUGACGGAAAUGUACGUCUUCCGGUAAAUUCUUUCUACACCCCCACUUUCACUCCUCAUGGGUGUUUGUGUUUGUAUAAUUCAAAAGAAUCACUUUCUUAUGUGGUGGAAAGCCUCGAGCGACUUAGGGAGUCAACUCUGGGCCGAAGAGAUAGCCAGCUAGCACAGCUGCCGACUUCACUGCUUUUAGUCACUAAACGAGGUGUAGGAUCAUACGUUGAUAUAGGUGGUGACACUGCCUUAAACUUGAUAACACAGGGGCAGCAGUUUGCAAGGAGAUUGCAGUGUAGCUUUUUAGACCCCGCCUCCCCCGGUGUGGGCUACGGCCAUAACAUAAGUGAGACCCAAAUAAACCAGGUGCUGAGGGGCCUUCUGGAUAUUAGGAGGAGCACAUCUUUUAGUAGCAGCUCCCCACCUCUCCUCCCUGAGCCUCCAGGUCUCCGAGACUCUCAGCCAGUCCCAGAGGCAGACCUUCGCAUUGUCAUGUGCUUAAUGUGUGGAGACCCCUACGACACCGAGCAGCUCCUGUCGCCUUUCUUAAUGCAUCAGCACUGCAGGCCCAUGUCUAAUAGCGGCACCUCCGUGUUGCUGGAGCAGACAGUUGGUGGACAUAAGCUGGCUAUAGAGCUCUCUCUGCUUUCAUACCACGCCUCCUUCACUUUGAGGAAGAGCAGGUUAGUGCACGGCUACAUUGCAGUCUACUCGGUCUCCCGAAAGGCCUCCCUGGAGACCCUUUGUGCAUUCUUGUGCGAGGUGCAGGACAUCAUCCCUAUUCAGCUGUUGGCAGUCGGAGAUAGCCAGGCAGAGCUCACUGACAGCGAUUAUGCCUGUGAACAGCUGAUCCAGGGGGAGGAACUAGCCCAUGAGAUUGAGGGUCGCUUCAACAGCGUGGUUUGUGGGUCUGGAGGGGUGGUGGGGGGCCUCCACAGGAUAGAAAUGUUUCAUCCGUUUCUGAUGGAGGUAGUAGAGAAGCGCAACAUCGUGGAGGCCACGCACAUGUACGAUAAUGUCGCUGAAGCGUGUACCAAUGAAAAUGUCUACUCCCCGCGCUGCAGCUCUCCUAGUCCUGUGACUAUGUUCCUGGAUUCCGAGGACGACGUAGAGCCGUCGCCACCGUACUAUGAUGGCACGCUCACAUCUCACAGUAGCGGUUUCAACAUGCCCGACUUAGAUUCCAGUGACAUCUCUGUCAUAUCUGAUAUCAGGGACUUUGAGAACAAACUGAACAACAAAGUACCCCCCCAAGUGAGAGUGAAACCAGGCGUCACUUUCGAUUUCCGGAAAAUGAGCCGUAACCCAUAUAUCGACACGCUGGGUCAUCGGCGGUCCUUACCCUCCGCUGUCACCUGGGUUCCUGGUGGCGACAUGGGAUACGAUCCCUCAGACUACGCCGAACCCAUUGACGCCGUUUCAAAACCCCGCCCGAGCAACGAAGAGAUCAUCUACUCGGUACCACAUGACAGCACACAAGGAAAAAUCAUCACCAUCCGCAACUCAAACAGGAUGCACUCCAAUGGAAACGGCUCAGACAGCGAAGCGGACAGCAGCUCUCUGGAACGAAGGAGGAAGUUCUCUGCAAUUGGCGUGAAGCCUCGUCUUUACCGUGACCGCUCUAAGCGGCUGGGCAAGUUCAGUAGCUUUCGCACGAGCUUCAUAGGCAGUGAUGACGAGAUGGGAGCUCUUCCAAAGUCCAAAGAAGAUGACUUUGGGACCCUUAAAGGUGAAAGUCUAGUGAAUGAGGAGAGCGAAGACCCAAAGAAGAGGAACAUUCUGAAGAGCCUGCGGCGGACAGCCAAGAAAACUAGACCAAAGCCCCGUCCAGCUAUUCCCAAGCCCUUGGAGAGCAACUACUUCGGGGUCCCCCUGGUGAAUGUGGUAUCCCCAGACAGACCGAUCCCUCUCUUCAUUGAAAAGUGUGUCCGCUUCAUUGAGACAACAGGCCUGAACACGGAGGGUUUGUACCGCGUAAGCGGCAACAAGUCUGAGAUGGAGAGCAUGCAGAGGCAGUUUGAGCAGGACCACGGAUUAGACCUAGUGGAGAAAGACUUCUCCAUAAACACUGUGGCUGGAGGCCUCAAAAGCUUCUUCUCUGAACUGCCUGAGCCCCUGGUGCCUUGUGCUCUGCAGGUGGACCUACUGGAUGCUUUCAAAAUCAGUGAUAGAGAACAGAGGCUAUAUACCAUGAAGGAUGUCCUGAGGAGGUUCCCCAAGGAGAAUUAUGAUGUCUUCAAAUAUGUAACGAACCACUUACACAAGGUGAGCCAGCUGAACAGGGUGAACUUGAUGACCAGUGAGAACUUGUCCAUCUGUUUCUGGCCCACCCUCAUGAGGCCAGACUUCUCCACCAUGGAUGCUCUGACUGCCACGCGCACCUACCAGACAAUCAUUGAGACCUUCAUCCACCAGUGUGCAUUCUUCUUCUACAACCAGCCCCUCCUCGACUCCCCCACCGGCCUGGGGGGCCUCCCUGCCUCGCCCACCACCACCCUCGGCGGGAGCUCUGCCUACUCUUGUUACCGCUCCUCUCCACCUCACACCACCCCUCACUUCAGCCCCUUGCAGCAGUCCCCACCCACUACCCCCCAGUCUCCCCUGCAGUCUCUGCUCCCUCCCCUCCACCAGCACCCCCACGCCCACCAUUCCCCCGCUGAACAGGAGACACUGUGAGAGACAAUGAAACCAUGUGUGCCCAUGAUGAUGCUGGACCUUAUCACCAACACACACUAAAAGAAAAAAAAAAGAGUAAAAAAAAAAAAAGAAGUAAAAGAAAAAAAUGUGCACAUGCACAUUUCAUUUUUGAUCAUGAUGGACAACCCGGGUUAUGAGGACUGGAGAUGGAAAGUGUCUGAGAAACUUCCCCAACCUGCCAAUUAUGUUCAUGCUUGUGUGCGUCGGAGCGGAGGCUACCAUUACCAGUGAAGCUCCUUCCGCCCUCUGAUCUCCUGGAUGAGUGGAUGUCGGGUCAGAGAAGUGGAGGGCAGAGGUCACGGUCACAGCGAGCCACCACUCAUCCCAUAAUACAAAGAAAUAGAGACCUCUAUGACAAGCUGGAAGAGAAAGACUUGGGGCCACCGUGUUUUUAGUAUGUGUAAAAACUGUUUUUAGUUUCUUUUUCUCUUGAAAGUACUGCCACUGGAUUUAUAGUCUGGUCCUCUGUAGGUCCUUUGGGCAGCAGUUUGCUCCAUAUAGCAGAGUUUCCUCUGUGUCUGCCUUUUGGGUUUCUGUCAUCGGCUCUACUUGAGGGGUCAGCAUGGGGAUGGGAGGGAAGGGAACGGUUGGGAGUAACACAUCCAGGGAUGCACUUUAAUGAUCACUGUUGGGUUUUUUCUCCUCAAAAGGGGUUUUUCUUUUUUUUGACAUACAGUUUUUCUUCUUUCGUGAUUUUAAUUUCACAGCUCAAACAGCCAUACCCAUUGCCACGACAGAGCUCUGGCAGAUCAAACUUUGUUUACAUCAGACCUGUUUUUUGUAUCCACAAACUUAUCUGAAGCACUUUUUUUUUUUUUUUUUUAAUAGUGUAGUGUUUAAAUAUGAAGAAAUGCCACACGGAUUCAUUGUUCAUGUUUGUUUGUGUAGUGGUCAAGUGUGGCAUCAGUACAGGCUUGUGAAACAAGAUCCUUUUUUAAAAAAAAAAAAAAAAAAAAAAAAAGAAAAGGAAAAAAAGUGGAUCCGGUGUGGGUGGGUGGGGGUUUCCCAUUUUAGGUCGGUGGGAAAUCCAAAUCCGCUCGUGUUCCUCAUUCAUCCAGCCAUGUGAAAAACUCGUUUUGUUUGUCCUCUUUUCUAGCUGUUGGUCGAUCAGAGUGGGCGUAUAUAGGGAUGCUUAGUUCGAUUAGGCCGUUGGAAUAUCAGUGAAGGCUUUGCCUGCCGUCGGUCAAGUGAAGGAGAAAACUUUUGCCAUUUUGAAUGUGUAACCCAGCAACGCCAUACAUGCAAAUUUUACGCUAGCAUCUGUUGUCCACGUCAACCAAACACUUGAAACAUGCUAGGUUUCCGGACGUGUUGCUGUGGCUGUUUAUCAAACCGAGCGCUUUGUAUCCGUGUACUAUUAACUCUGAAGGUUUAGUAUUCUCAACGCACUGUCACUGCUAGUCCUGCUAUUGAAACACAAUGACCAGUGGAAGUGAAGUACCUGCGGAUCGAGACGUUCAGGAAGCACCCGUGGCAGUUUACUUGCUCUAGUUGAUUAGUUUUGUGCUGCAAUAUCGUCCUUCAUUUUCGCUGAAAACAAGCAGCACUGAUAAUGAAGGCCUAACAACUUUAAUAACGGUUAAGUCCAUGAGAGGAAGCACUGUCUCUUUCAAUGAAGGUGGAAGAUGUGGACCAGAGGACUGCGGCUCUGCUGUAGUUCUCGGUUGCUAUGACCACAGAAUAGUGGGAUCAACUGUAUGAAUAUUUAGGAUCAACAAUUACUGGUACUUUUUGGGAUCAUGAUGCUGUUGGAAGUCAGUCGUUUUACCUGUUCGUCAGGAGUAUAAAAUGAGGGCUUUCCUCAAACCGUGCAGUGCUUGCAGCUGAACCUGGCGCAGAACCGACCAGACAACACGAUUCCCUGGAGUAUAUAAAUGUUACGGCAUCGCUCUCGAUGCCCAUCCUCGGCAGAUCCUGCUGAGGCAAAAAAAAAGUGAGUGCGUACUACUCUAUGAUGGUUGUUUAUUUGUAUGUUUGGGGGGGAGGGGAGGGGGACACCACCUUUUAGUCAAUGGUAGAAAACAUUUCUAGUGUGUAUUUCAAUGAUUGAAAGUCCAUUUUUACAAUUUUGUGAAUGGUUCGAGGCCACCUGAGUUUAGUGCAUGAUUUUAAAAAAAAUAAACAAAACACACAUACACACACAUGCACACACCAGGGGAGAAGGACGAAAGCCUCCCUCCCUGUUUUAAAACGUGAAAUUAGAAGAAAACCAAUACUGAAGUGAAAAUAGCUGCAACGUGAAAGUUGAUGUACUGUGCACCAGAAGCAAACCAUGGAAUUUGUCUGACUGAGAAUAGUGUUUGAAGAUGAAGGCCUUAUGUGAACUGUAUAAUAGUUAAUAAAUUAAAUCUUGUAAAAUUGU